AUGCAAAGAGACUUGACUCCAUAGGAUGUGUUACCCUUGAUAGUGGAAUACUUGAAAUCCAUCGGAUUGAAGAAAUCUGCUAAGCAAAUUGAUUCUUUAUAUGAACAUGAUGAAACUCCAAUGGCCAAUAAGGAUUUAUCAAAGAUUAUCAAAUAUUAUAUUGACGGACACCCUAAGCUAGCGAGAAAAUUUGUUGCAGAGGCAGAGAUUGAGGAAUAAGAAGAGGAAACUGAAUAAUAGAAGUAGGAGGAGAAGAGCAAUAAAAAAGGAACAAAACCAUUAUUAGAUAAAAGAACAUUCACUAAAAUAGAUAUUGCACAAAUCAAUGAGGAAGUUGUGGAGCAGAAGGAAAAGAAGAAGUUUUUCCAAAAGUGUGAUGACUCAGUAUAUGAUAUAUUGCCUGAACAUUUCAAGGUCAAUGCUUUUGAGGCCAAAAAGAUGUUUGGAGAGGGGGAUGAAUACGGUGAGUUUGGAAAUGAGAAGUUGAAGUUCACAAGGGGAGACAACUUCAAGAAGGAGAAGGGGAAGUUAAAGAAUAGAUAAUUUUAAGGUAUGGGUAGCAUUAAUUUGAAUGCAAUAAACUCAAUUAAGUUAUGA